AAAGUUAUUGUUGCAGUGAAACUGCGGUCAAGGGUACCAGCACCUACAGUCGUGAUUUAUGGUGUUCCAUUAUAAGUUGAGUUAAAAGACCUAUCAUUGCUAGCAGCGCAGACAACAACAAUCCCCUUCUCAAUUGCUGAAAGAGAAGCAAUUGCAACAAGCACGUCAGUUUUUGUCAUUCCAUCAAUCACACCUGGCAGUGCAAGCUCUGUCAUCCACGAGGCUUUGUACAUGGCAACAUGUGCACGUGGUGCAACCCCUUUUGCUGUGCCUUUUGCAUAUCCAAAGUGACUUGCUCCUAAAACGUAGUUACCUGCAGCUGUGGAUGAAGUGUGGGUUCCAUGGCCAUAAGCAUCCCUUGGGAACUGCAACUUACAAGGUCAAGGUGGUUGAACCAGAGGGUUCUACCAUUGUUGUCUCACCAGAGACUUUAGCCUUUAGAAAGACACAUGAGAAACGGAGUUACAGUGUGGCCAUGAAGUAUCGGAGUGACAAGAAUGGGAAAGUUUCAUUUGGUGAACUUGUGUGGAUUGAAAAUGGAAAACAUACUGUUAGGAGUCCUAUUGUAAUAUCACCUCCUAGUUCCCGAAAGGGUUUCUCCAGGCCAUGAUUAGGGAAUUUCCAUUGUGGCAUUGAAGCUAUGCAGGAGGUCCUGCAAUUUCCAGUUCAUCUAAGCAUGAGCAGUGCAGUAGCUCGGUCCAUCACAAGCAAGGUUGCCUGCCCUUUGCUGCUAGCCCGUUUUUCAAGUUUUGAGGGUGGAUGGAGUCUUUGUUUAACAAGAGAAUCAAUGGGUGAAUAAUAGCCCAACAAUCCAGGUCAGUGGGACAGUAAACAAUUAAAAUCGGCCUAUAUAUUCUUCUAAAAUUUUGAUUUAAUUAGUUUAAUCAAGAAAUAGAAGUCCACAUAAUCUUGUGUUCUACAAUAAUGCUCCUAAAGUUAAAUAAAAAAUCAGUAAACGAAUCUUAACAUAUUUUUGGAAGUAGAGAGUCAGAAGGAGUAAGAUUAACAAUAAAAUUUUUAAAGAGAAUAUUAAUAUCCAACAGAUCACUACUGUAAAACUAAAUAUGUUGCAUGUUGUGGCUUAACCACAAGUUAUAUUUUGACUGGUAAUUAUUGGCAGUAUUCCUCUAUGUUGAAUGUGAGAUAAUGUAUGAUCUUUGAUUGUGCUUAGUGUCCCGGCUUUUAGAUAGCCUCUUUUAGUUUUCUUUUUCUUGUAAAUUGAAAACUGUCCAUAUAGAUGGGAAUAACAGAAUAUCCAAAAUAAGCACAGAGAUAAUGGGUUCUUUCAGUGGGAAUUCUAAUCUAUUUGCUCUGUUUCUUACAUUUAUCUUGUUUGCUUUUCAUGCUUCCUCUGUUUCGGUAAAUAGGUCCAUUUACAUUGUCCAUAAGGAUAAGUCCUCCAUGCCCAAAAAGUUUCACUGGCCCUCAUGGAUUGUACUCCUCUAUGACUGAUCCUCUCAAAUCAACAAAUCCUCCCCUCUUUGGAAAGUGAAUUGUCUCUACCCUCUCUUUCUUUUACUAUACUCCUAAGACAGUGCUGCACAUGAUGUUAGUGCCGCUUUGUCUUAUGGUGAAUUAGAAACACUAAAGGAGUCUCUAGGAUUCUUCUCAUCCAUCAGAAAGUUUGUCUACUGCAGCUAGGUUGGCUUUCAAGUUUCAAAGAAUGGAUGAAAGUCCUUGUUUAACACGAGAAGGACGUGCAUGCCUGAAUAAUCUUCCCAUCAGCCUCAGCCCUUAGUUUUCCAUACAUUAUUGUCUAACUUGUCGAAAAUCCGUUUCUGCACAGAUUUUCUUCUUUUUGCCAUUACUGCUUUACAGGUCAAGUCUACGCUUUUUGUUGUCUUCUAAGACAAGGGAUGAUACAAAAAAUAUCACCUGAUAAACUUAAUUUUCAAUUUCCUUUUCUUGUUUGGCACCAUAAAAUCAAUGUACCUUUCAGCAAUAAAAAAUAUCUUUAAUA